AUGUCCUUCCAACGCGUAGGACUGCGUUUCGCCCAGCAGCAGCUGCGAGCACCGACCCUCCGAACCGCCAUCCAGCGCCGCUUCGCCAGCACCGCCGAGAAGCUCCCUCCCACCGGCUCCAAGCUGGUCGGCCCAGCAGACAAUGCUUUCAACCGAGAACGAGCUGCCGUCAAGGCCCACGCCGCAGCCACCAGUGGUCACGUCGUCGUCCCCUGCCUCAUCCUCGGCAGCAUCAACGCCUGGAACCUGUGGAACGAACAUUGGCAGCACUGGGAACAUCUCCCACCUCUAGAAGAGCGAGUCGAAUACCCAUACCAGAACAUCCGAUCCAAGAACUUUUUCUGGGGAGAUGGUGACAAGACCCUCUUCUGGAACAAGAACGUCAACUAUCACAAUAAGGACAAGGCUACGUAA